AUGACUCCAGCCCCUGCGCGAGUAAAGGAGCUCAUUGCUAAAGCGCGCGUCACAUCUAAGGGAACUCUUGACUUCUCAAUUGAGAUCCUCAAGCUUAGAACGCAAGCCGACGACCAGACCGAUCCCCACCACGACGGCCGAGGAACCAGACACGCGAUGCGAACUAGACUCCUCCGCGGAGGCGACGACUAA